AUGGACUCUCGAUAUGAAAUUCCAACUCAAUUGGAUCGUCCUUCCCAUCUCUUUCGAUACUUGUUUUUGGUGAAUAAUUGUUGCUUGUUGGUCUUUUUGGUAUUUUCAGCAGUGGUUGUGUAUUGUGUGAAGGGUUUUCUAUUUCAUAAAAAGAGUCGAAAGCUAAAGAUGAAUGUCCAAUCAGAGGAGAUUCAACAAACAAAUCAUGACCAGCAGUCAUCUCGUUCCAUUCCACUAGCAGUCACUUGUCAACAAGAAGAAGAUGAAGAGGAUGAAUCAGAAGAAAUUAUGGCCGCCACGAACAGCGAUCCAUCCUCUCCAAUGACUGCCAUUACGACCACCAACACCAACACCUCUCUUCUCUCUCCAAGAAGCAACUUGACCAUCCACAGCGAAUCAACAUCCUUCUCUCCUAGAAGUCAACUCUCAUCCAAUCCUCUUCUCAACCAUUCUAAAACUGAAAUGAAUGACCAUCAGGUCUCGUAUUCUCAUGGCAUUCAACCCGUGAAUGAAAAUCAUUUCACAAUUUCUUUACCAAGUGUAGAAGUUUCCGAUUUCACUCGAGGUGAAAAGAAAAUUGAAAAAGAUGACACCCACUCGAAUGGAGAAGGUUCCACAUCUUCCACAUUGAAUGAAUCGACUUGUUCGAAUGCAUCGAACGGUCAUUACACAAUCCCUCUUGAAAAUGUUAUUUACAAUAGAUUGAGAGAUCCCUCCCAAUUCAUCUUUGAAUCCUUUGGUUUCAAAUUUCCAAUCACCAUUUCACUCUAUUUAUACAGAAUUAUGAUCGCCAUGUGGGCUCUCGUUUCAAUUUUACUCAAACAAUUGCAUUUCGAGAAACAACCACCUUUGGUGACAAGUCAUUUUGGGAUUUAUUUAUUUGGUAUUUUCAGUAAAUUGUACAGGAAUUCAAAGAAGAUUGGAAUUCCAAAACUGAAAUCGACCAAUUUUGAAAAUUCCAAUUUGAGAACUUUCAUGUUAAUGGCUUCUAAUGGAAUGUGGUUGUUCGGAGAGAUUGCAACGACAUCUUCAGUGAUUGUAUCCGUGGGUUAUUGGAUUAUGUUUUCAAUGGAAUCGAGCACAGAAGUGAGUUACUUCACGGUAGCCUUUCAUGGAAUGACGGCUGAAUUGCAUUUAAUUUCUCAGUGGCCCUACAGCGUUGUGAAUUAUUAUCUCCAACCAUGGAUGUCAUCAUUGCUCUUUCUUUUUGGUCUUCUCUUUGCUUAUGGAGGAGUUUUCACAAUCUUUUGCUUGUUGUCAAAACUCAGAAUUCGAAUUUUAUUGAAUACCAUUUUGAGAAACAGUAACAAGUCGUCACAGGAGGCCAAUACUCAUUCCCAUCAAGUUCCUGUCCAAGUAGAAAGUAAUCCAUCACCAUUAGUUUCGACGGAACACCUUCCAAUACCCUCUCUUUAUUCAACUUUUAUGGAUCCCACUCGAUCCGAUGGUUUUAAUUCAUCCUCAUCCUCAAUCUCCUCUCCCAAUGCAGAAGAAUGUAAAGAAGAAGCAUCCAUGACAGAAAAUGAAGUACCCAAUCAUUCGUCCACGCACUUGACGAACGUGGCAUCAAGCUCUUGCUCAUCACUUCCAGCCUCGAUAGGUUUGAAUACUCCGUUAAUUGUCAUUGUUGAACCUAUUGAGGAGAAACAGAAUGAAAUACCAUCCGUUGAGACACCAAGUGUGAAUGCCUCUCAGGAUCCAUUGAGAAGCAACUUUAGAAAAACUCUUUUCAAACAAUUUUCAUCCCCUUCAGGUUUUAAUCGAUUAAGAGAAUAUUUAUAA